AUGGUGGAACAUGGCCAACCACUGAUAAGGCCACAGGAGGAAAGGAAAAGGUAUGCCUUGGCAGCCUCUCACUCCGACCAGAUUAACGUCUGCAACUUGGAUGGAUCUUGUGCCCGGGCUGGUGUCAUAACGGUUGGGAACAUGCAACUGCCUGGCAAAAGGCCCACCCGCAACUGGAGACACUGUAUUUGGUGCUAUGAUUCACAAGAUGUGAAAUGCGGCCCUUCACACUGGAAGGACAUGACAAAGAGCUGCUCGGGAGAUAACCAGUCGCCCAUUAACAUCGUCAGAAGAAAAACUCAACGGGACUUGAGCCUUGAUGAAAUCUCGUUUGAAGGUUAUGACCAGGCCCCUGCCGGCAGAUGGCAACUCCUCAAUGAUGGACACUCAGUGACCAUGAACCUGGACGGAGCCUCUGCUUCAGAUCAAAUCAAUAUCACCAAAGGAGGGCUUCAAGACACAUAUCGGGCCCUGCAGUUCCACUUCCAUUGGGGGGACUCCAACAAAAAUGGUUCAGAGCACACUAUUGAUGGACGCCAAUACCCGAUGGAGUUGCACCUUGUUCACAUGAAUACCAAAUACAAAACCAUAAAUGAAGCAAAGGGACACCCCAAAGGAUUGGCUGUCUUAGGCUUCUUGUUCAAGGUGUCGGAAGUGGAUAAUACCAAUUACAACACAAUCAUUGCUGGCCUCAGAAACAUCUCUCGUGCGGGGGUUUCGGUCGACUUGGCAUCCACGUUUCCUCUGAGCAACCUGCUUCCCAACAUGGACUCGCUCUCCAAAUAUUAUCGUUACAAAGGUUCCCUCACCACCCCCGGGUGUGAAGAAGUGGUUGUCUGGACUGUCUUCGAAGAAGAGAUCCCUAUCAGCAAGCCUCAGCUGAAUGCCUUUGUGAACACCCUGUACUUCAAAGGUGGAACAAAGCUGGUGAAGAUGGCGAACAACUUCCGUCCUUCGCAGCCUCUGAAAAAUCGCAAAGUCUACGCAUCCAAAGAUGCCACCAUCAGCCACAGUCCAGCCCUGCCCUCCAGUCUCCUCUUUCCUCUACUUUUGGCUUUUCUAGCUGGCCAGUUGUUUGAUCUCUGUUAA